CGACGGAAGAUCGGUGGAGGCCUUCAUUGGCGCGUCCGCAGUUGUACAGUCCUUGUCGCGAAGAUGGUCGCCCCUGCCUCGUCGCUCCGCUCGGCCGCAUCCCGCUUCGUCCACAACGAUUGCGCACUACCGCUCUUUUGCGACUCGUACACGCGCAACAAUAAGAACACGGGGCAUAAGAACCUCCGCUGCUUCCCGCACUGCUGCGGGUCGCACCGCCCCAACUCGUUCUGCGGCAUGUCAGUCGUCGUCGAGCACGCGGCGCGCCCCGACACGGCCGACCGCGUCGUGAGCUACAGCCGCUUUGAGGUCGCGCCCGAGGCGCAGAUUGUACCGGCGAUCCCGAUUGGCGCGCGCGUCCACGCGACGCUCAUCGAGGCGGACCUCAAGACGCCCGAGCAGCCCCUCGGUAGCUGGAUGGAAGGCGAGCCGAUCACGGUGAUCGAGCUGCCGACGGACGUGCUGCGCUUCGAGUACAACGGCAAUCGCCAGUGCUGGCACUAUGGCUGGCGCUCGAACCGCUUCAACUGCACGACCAAGCACGUGCUCAUGGUGUACGUCUUUGAGCAAGCGGGCGCGGACGAGCUCGAGUGUAUUGACGUGCUCUCGUCGCCGCAGUUUACCGUCUGCUCGAGUCGCCGCAGCUCCAAGGCGCUCGCGCCCGAUGCGGCUCCGUCGCUGCCGGCGUCGGACGACGAAGACACGACCAGGAGCAGGCGACUGGUCCGCGACCAAAGCGUCCGCUCGCCUUCCUCGUCGUCCUACGGCGUGCGUCGCGCCCACUCGCCGCCGCCCGAGGCAAGCCAGGCGACCAAGCGGCCCCGGACGUCGUCGCCUUCGGACCGCGACCGCGCGAUCGUCGACGCGCUGGCGUUCUGGGAUCUCUGCCUCGCAACCAUGAACGUGCGGGUCACGUCCAUCGUCCAGCGCGAGUCGCCGUUCUACGACGCGUUCAACGCGAUCCUCGCGGGUCUCUUUCGCCAGGACUUUGUGCACUUUGUCCGGCAGCAUUUGCGCGCGCCGCCGAUGCCGGACUUUCUCGCGUCCUUUGAGGAGCUUUUGGUCGCGGUCGCCGCGCAGAUCAAGCAGGCGCUUGGCCACACGUCGCUCUCGCAGUGGCUCCAGCUCGUGCAGCUCGACGCCGAGUGGCACCCGACCGCGACCAUUGGCACGUGGCUGCCCGUCUACAUUGCGUUUGUCGAAAACAUGCAACACGCGCAAUGGUACUCGGGCAACGUCGUCCACAGCGACAGCCUCCUCAUGGGCACGUGGCGGCGCGAGUCGAGCGUCAAGCACUCGAGCCUCGUGGUCGCGACGGCGCUCGACUACAGCUCGCUUUACUGGACGUGCUCGAGCCUCGGCCCAAAUACCAUCCAGGUGCGCUGGGACGACGCGCUCUGCGGGCCGUGGAUCGUGCUGCAACUGGAGCACGAGAACUCGGCCAUGCCCCAAGUGCACACGCAGCUGCUCUCGAUCGGCGGGCUCUCGUCCAUCGGCACCGAGUGGCUCCUCUGCGGCACGCGCGCUUGGCGCGAAAACCAAGAUGACACUCUCGUCAUCGAGUGGUACUAUUGGCCCAAGGUGCUUGGCGCGCCGCGGAAGCGCAUGCGUGAGCGCUUCACGCUGCUCCCGAGCUCGUCCGACCGGCUCAUGUGCCAGCUCUUUGUCGAGUACUCGGACGCCGUGCCGCUCAUGGACCCCGUUGACAUGGUGCAGCGCAUUUUACUGCCCGCGAAUUGGCAAGUGCAGCAGAUGAUCCCGCAGUACUACGCCCGCUGCGGCGCAGCCAUCGAAGCGUACGACGCAGACCAGUAGACAACGAUUCCAUGCUAUCGAACUAAUAUAAACUAACUACCGGUAGCACCAUGGCAACGAGCAUCGCAGCUGCUCGACCCUUUGCCGUCCCCAAAGGCAACUUCGGAUACGGUCCAAACCGCACUUUAUCGAGCACAUGUGGCGUACUUACAGGAUGUGAUCCAUGACGCUGAUUCCACGCAACCGUGGGCUUUCGU